AUGCUGUUUGAUAAGGCUUGCCGUUGUUUGAAUCAAUCCUUUGCCUUGGUGGCCCAUAGUCGAUUCCCAAGGCGGGCUUUCCCGGUGGCUGGUGCUGUUUCUCCUCGACGACAAGUUACGUGUCACCAUCACCACCGAUCACUCAUCACCAUCACCAUCACCAUCACCAUCACCAUCACCAUCACCAUCACCAUCACCAUCACCAUCACCAUCACCAUCACCAUCACCAUCACCAUCACCAUCACCAUCACCAUCACCAUCACCAUGACCGUUGCCAUCACAAUCACAAUCGCCGUCACCGUCGUCAUAACCUGCAUCGCACUCUCGUACAUCAAGCUCACCAUCCGCAAUCUUUCCCAGAGAUCCCCUCUCCAGUGCCCUCGGUGCCGCCUUCCCCCUCAGACACUCACGUUCCACCAACCGACCUGA